UUCUUAAAUUUUCUUCGACAUUUCCCAUUUGAUCAAAUUCUGAUUCUUCUCUUCAAAGAAAACCCAUUUUACCCCACUGUUUUUCAUCAGUCAUUAACCAUACAAAAGAACAUCAUGUUUUAUCAUUACAUAAAUAAAGCAAAACAAGAAGGAAAAAGAAAACCCAGAUUUUCCUGUCUUGUUCCUUGUCAAAAUUCUCAUGAUUCUUUAAAAGAUUUGUCUUUUUAGGUUCUCCAGUUUAUGCUUUGUGGGUGGGGGAUUGAUUCUUGAUUCCCAAGUAAAACUAUUCUGGUUUUAAAGCCCUCUCAUUUCAUCUCCAGCAAGCAAACUGUUUAUUAAAAAUCACAUCCUUUUUUUUAUGUCUGAAUUUCAAGUAUGGAAGCUUUAUUUCCAGUUUCUUUCAUAUCAAAUGUGGAUUUGUUUGAUGAUCAUCAAGAGAGCCAAAACACGUACUGGACCAAAGAAGAAAACAAAAGAUUUGAGCAUGCUUUAGCCAUAUAUGGUGAAGAUGUCCCUGAUAGAUGGAUCAAAGUUGCAGAGAUGCUACCUGGGAAAACCGCCUACGAUGUGAUUAAACAGUACAGGGAAUUGGAAGAAGAUGUUUCCGAUAUCGAAGCUGGCCGAGUUCCAAUCCCGGGCUAUUUCGGAUCAUCUUUUACAUUGGAAUUGGUUGAUAACCAUGAUUUUGAUGGUUAUAGGAAGAGGAUUAAUGGAGCUAAAGGCCAUGAUCAUGAAAGGAAGAAAGGUGUUCCAUGGACUGAGGAAGAACACAGGAGGUUCCUAAUGGGGCUUGUAAAAUAUGGUAAAGGGGAUUGGAAAAACAUCUCAAGGAACUUUGUGGUUUCCAAAACACCAACCCAAGUUGCAAGCCAUGCUCAAAAGUAUUAUCAAAGGCAGCUUUCAGGAGGGAAAGAUAAGAGGAGACCGAGCAUCCACGACAUUACGGUCCUCAAUCUCGCUAACACCGCUGAGUUUUCGAACGACUGGAAGCCGUCUUCGGUAAACCAGUCCGACGUUCUCACAUUGCAGCAAAAGCUGGCCAGUAGGUCAAGAGUUGCAGGUCUUAGUUGGAGUCAGACCGAUGAUGAAUCGGGUACGUAUGGCAACCGGUUUACCACCUCGAAUGGGCCGAGACUUGAAGGCCAAAAUCUGUAUGGCAGUGCUUAUCGUGGGGAACAUAUCAAACCCCAAAACUCUGUAUUCUAAAAAUGUACAAGGCCGUUCUCUGUCGUAAUCGAAAACACCGAAAACGUUUCGAGUUCAUGAUGUUAAAUGGUUUGCUUCUUCCAAAAUGGUGGAACCAUGUAAUGUAAAUUUGUAAUAAUAAUCCGAUUAUGAACCAAAAGAAAGAAGAAAAAAGACCAUCUCAGACCCUGAAUGUUCUUCCUGCAGUUCUCUGUCCGUUGGAUGAUGAUGACCUGAAACCGAAUCGUGCGAGGCCACGAACCGAGACACGACCGGACAUGUUAGAGGUGAGAUUGAGGAUAGUGAUAUGGUCUAACAGGCAGACUCAAUGGGCACUGCCAUGGAAAUUCCUUUGGUAUUU